ACAGUUCAUCGAAGAUGAUGAAAUUCGUUCUACUUGCUCUUGUCGCUGUAGCCUUCGUGGCGGACGCCCGGGCUCAGGCUAUGCCGAGCAUACCGGGCAUGCCAGCAGGUGGUGCGGGCAUGGGUGGAGGCUUUGAUUUCGGUAUGCACGGUGGAGCAGGUGUAGGAGCUGGAUUGACCAAAAAACUCCGAGGACCACCUGGUGGUGGGGCAGGAAUGGGCGGUGGUUUCGGCAUGAACGGCGGAAUGGGUGGAGGAGCUGGACUGACCAAAAAACUACAUGGACCACCCGGUGGUGGGGCAGGCAUGGGCGGUGGUUUCGGCAUGAACGGCGGAAUGGGUGGAGGAGCUGGACUGACCAAAAAACUACAUGGACCACCCGGUGGUGGGGCAGGCAUGGGCGGUGGUUUCGGCAUGAACGGCGGAAUGGGUGGAGGAGCUGGACUGACCAAAAAACUACAUGGACCACCCGGUGGUGGGGCAGGCAUGGGCGGUGGUUUCGGCAUGAACGCUGGAAUGGGCGGAGGAGCUGGACUGACCAGAAAAUUACAAGGACCACCUGGUGGUGGGGCAGGCAUGGGUGGUGGUUUCGGCAUGAACGCUGGAAUGGGCGGAGGAGCUGGACUGACCAGAAAAUUACAAGGACCACCUGGUGGUGGGGCAGGCAUGGGUGGUGGUUUUGGUAUGAACGCUGGAAUGGGCGGAGGAGCUGGACUGACCAGAAAAUUACAAGGACCACCUGGUGGUGGGGCAGGAAUGGGCGGUGGAUUCGGCAUGAACGGCGGAAUGGGUGGAGGAGCUGGACUUGCCAGAAAACUACGAGCGAAUGAGAAAUUUGGCCCGAACAUGGGCGCUGGUAUCGUGAACGACCCUUUAUAGGGACCGUUGCCUGGAACUGCAACAACCCAGUAGUGAUAACUUUUGCAUACUGGCCUCUGUGGACCAUAUGUGGUACUAUUGGCUAGAUUAUACGUUUUUUUGGCUCAAUAGUGUUAACGCUCUUCGUUACCUGUGCACCGCAUCCAAAUCAUAUAAAUAAACAGUAUAUAUAUACGCACUGCA